GUGACAGUGAAGUGUGUUGUCGACGCCCAGUUGCUCGUGAAUGUUUCAGUUAAGUUUCGUAUAUUGCAUUCCACGAUUGCGCUACCUUUUUUACUGGGUCCGAGCCGGGCAGCUGCGAUUGGAUCGAUUCGUCCACGUAUCCGGAUGAUAUCGGAUCGGAAGAUAAACUCCAAUAACCCAUGGGAUCUGUAAAAUGGCGAUCUGAAAAAACAAUAAUUCCAGAGGAGGCCUAUGUGUAAUUCCAUUGACUCGCGUUGAGGUUCGACGGACGCGGUUCACGUUUCUUGUCCAGAGAGAUACACGCAUACAUACGUGCUGUUUCGCAAGUUUUGGCGAGGCUUUUUCGACUAAGCAAUCGGUGAUUACGUCCCUUAAUUCGGAGAGGACACGACAGAGACGUUGCCGGACGUAAUUGGACGUGACUGGAUGUAAUGGGACGCGACAUGACCUGACAAAACUCGUGGGACUAGACAAGACCGAACUCGAUGGAACGGAACAAGACAGAAAUCAGCCACGCCGCUGACAAAUAAUCUCGUAGUGAUCCAAGCAAAACGAACAAAAUGCAAACAAUCAAGUGCGUUGUAGUGGGCGAUGGUGCAGUAGGUAAAACUUGUCUGUUGAUAUCGUACACUACCAACAAAUUCCCAUCUGAAUAUGUUCCAACAGUGUUUGACAAUUAUGCGGUCACGGUUAUGAUCGGUGGUGAACCAUAUACGUUAGGAUUAUUUGACACAGCUGGUCAAGAAGAUUAUGAUCGGCUGCGUCCUUUGAGUUAUCCUCAAACAGAUGUAUUUCUUGUAUGUUUUUCAGUAGUGUCGCCAUCAUCUUUUGAAAAUGUCAAAGAAAAAUGGGUUCCAGAGAUAACUCAUCACUGUCAAAAAACGCCGUUCUUGUUAGUUGGUACCCAAAUCGAUUUGCGAGACGACGUACCAACUAUCGAGAAGCUUGCAAAGAAUAAGCAAAAGCCCAUAUCGGCGGAACAAGGUGAAAAACUUGCGAAAGAAUUAAAAGCGGUCAAAUAUGUUGAAUGCAGCGCGCUUACACAGAAAGGAUUGAAAAACGUGUUCGACGAAGCGAUUCUAGCAGCUUUAGAACCUCCAGAGCCGGUUAGAAGAAGACGAUGUAUCCUGUUGUAGAGCGCUGCCGAUGUCAUUUCGAAAAUCUAUUAGCGCUAUACAGAGGAAGACUGUGAAUCGUUUCAUCAUAAGGUGCAUGCGAGAACAUUUUCGACGAUCAGUUGUUCCGAAAUCCGAGCGAGUAUCCAUGGGGUACCGGUCCCUAUGAAUGUGCCAUUGAGCCGAUUUGCUCAUCGAUGAAUUAAUUACCGGCAUCACCGGUUUCGAUUACGUCCGCUCAAAAUUUCCAUUGGUUUCUUAAUUUACCUCUCCGAUAAAGGAAAUGUUAAUUUUUCAUCAUUUUCUAAUUAAAAUAAAAAGACAUUAUUUUGCCUCAUUUAGUGUGCCCUUACAAGUGUUUUCGAACACGUUCAAGCUUCCCGAAUUAAUGUGCCUGUUCACAAUCAUGCGCCCCCAGUUAAUGUGCCUGCUACAAAACAGUGUUCCUACAAUUAAUGUAUUGCCUAGACUUUGAAUCCUUCAAAAGAUUUGUUCCGAAAUAGGCAUUUCUAUGUAAUUCUUUGAUUAUACAAACAAAUAUAUAUAUACAUGGAAAUGCAAGAUUUUUUGUAACAGCGAUUCUCUCGUCGUCUACGAAGCGAGGACAAAGUUAGAACUCGCCGGUUGCAGCGGAGUUAGCGGGCACAUUAAAAUGGACUAGCCCGUAAAAAACGGAAAAUAUAUAUAUAUAAUUAAUUGUAAGACUAUAUAAUUGACAAUUUAUAUAGUAUAAGUCGUGUUGAUUAUCAACAUAUUCUCCGACAUUGAACGCGUGGUUUCUUAAAUGUUUCCGACACCGGCACUUUCCGCGAAAUGCAUUCCUCGCAAUAAAUCAACUGCGUCGAUUAUUUCGAAAUGCAGUAUCUUUUUGCGAUGCGUAGAGUAAAAGAAACAAAAGGUUUUUCUUUAUUUUUGCAGGUUUGUUUCGCGACUUAUUCGAACGUAAAGGCACAUUGAUAGGGACAAGAUCGUUAACGGACCGGUACCCCGCGAUCUGUCGUUCGUUACCGACGCGUGCUCGAGUCGAACGAGAAAAUUCACACAAACAAAAAACGAAAAAAAAAAGAAAAUGAAAAACAGAAGAAAAACGAUUUUGUACAUGCAUCGGGAGUGCAUAACGUAUCGACGAGCCGAUUCGUUGAAAAAGAUCCAGCCUGCGACUGAUCCGUUGGACUUGAACCGAUUUACUUUGGCGGGCAUGAAUACUUUUCGACUAUUCGUACGAAAGAAUUGAUGUGUAUAAUCAUCGAGGACUGCGAAACAUCCAUACAAAGUUGCGUAUUAAAAAGAACACGGCGACAUAUUCAACUGCUUUAAUGUGUAAGAAGUUUUUAUGGAUAAAUUGGUAGUGUGAAUUCUUUAAUAAAUCAGUUUUAAAACACAUGGAA